AUGCUUCUCUCAGAAACCUCGACAACUCCCCCCGGCAGCCCACCAGCGUCAGCCUUGGCUGCUUUGCAAAGUCACAUUCCCGCCUCAGCUGCACCAGCUCCAAAUGGAUCUUCUAUAUUGGAAGCCCUUGCGAAUAUGGCCAGGCAGAGUUCAGCUCCCGGUAGUGCCAACAAUAAUGCUUCCAACCCGCCGGCACCAGUAGCAUCAGCAUCAUAUAGCAUACCGCCUUCAGCCCUUCCGCAGCCUGUGUCGUCCUCGACGAUACCGCAACCGCAUCAUCAAGCACAGCCAUCGUACCCCCCGACAUCACAGCCCGUAACCAUGCCGUCCCUCCCCUUCUCACUUCCUCAGGUGGCCGGCCAAACCCCAGCGUUGCCUAACAACGCUAGUAAUCCUCCCAAUCCUUAUGCUGCUGCAACCCCAGCUGCUCCUGGUGUUACCGGUGGAGCCUUAGAUCCGGCUGUGCAGCAUCAGAUUAUGUUGAUCAAAGCCCUCGCAGACCAAGGUGUUCCAUUUGAUAAAAUUCCUUCUCUAAUCCAGAGCAUGACAAACAACAAUAACACUGCCGGCAACAGUGCUGCAGCUCCCCAUACCGGCUUCCAGCCACCUGUUCCAGCGGCACAAGGGACUUUUUCCACCAGCGGUCAACAACCUUGGGGUGGCCCUGCUCCCGUAUCUGGCGAUGGGCGUGACCGGGCAUAUGAGGACGGCAUCAGGUCGCCUAGAUAUCGUGGCCGAUCCAGGUCUAGGUCUCCUGAUCGAGGCUGGGGUUCUCGUGACUCCCCCCGUGGCGGACGAGGUCAUGGACGUAACUCUCCCCCAAGCGGUCGUCAUGAUCGGGACCGCAAUGGUCGUGGAGGAAACGACUACCGUCAGCGUAGCCCUCCAGGUCGCCGUGGCCGAAGUCCCACUCCUCCCGACAGUCUUCCCCAUGUUGAACGAUGGGUUGACUAUGAUUCCAGUGUGCCGUCGGGUCACAUUAAAGUCUACAGUCGAACCCUUUUCGUGGGUGGUGUAACAUGCUCCGAGGCUGAGCUUCGGCGGGUAUUCAGCCAGUUUGGCACUGUUCAGACUUGUAUCGUCAACAAGGACAAGCGACAUGCAUUCGUCAAGAUGCUGACCCGCAAGGACGCUGCCGCCGCCAAAGAAAGCAUGGAAGAUAGUCGCAGUAGCGAACUUCCACUAAGGACCCGUUGGGGUGUUGGUUUUGGUCCCAGGGACUGCAGCGAUUACGCGACUGGCAUCAGCAUCAUCCCCAUCCAUAAGCUCACCGAGGCGGAUCGUAAAUGGAUAUUGACUGCCCCCUAUGGUGGCAGCGGUGGUCGCCCCAUUGAGUCUGGUCUCUCUGUCGAAGAGCCCGACAUCGAAAUCGGCGCAGGCGUCUCAUCCAAGGCCAUUAGCCGUCGUAUGCAAACCGACAAGGGCGGCAGCAACGGACCCAAAUCUACCAGAAACCGUGAGGACGACACGGGCAGAGGCGGCCGUCGCGGCCGUGAUCAAGGAAACGGCGGCGGCCAAGGCAUGGCCUCUGGGUUCCCGUUUGGAAUUGGAACCCUGCCUAAUGGAAUGCCGAAUUUCCCUUCAGGGUUUCAAUUCCCCGACCCGAGUGGACGCUGA